AUGCAGGAUAUAUCGCUUUUGAAAAGAUCGCGUGGUGCUUUAGGUCCCAAAAGCAGCAAUAUCAAAGUGUCAAACAAGAGAUCUAAGAAGAUUGGUGAAUAUUAUAACAAAUUUAAUACUGGUGGUGAAUCAUUCGAUGUUAUGGAGCAAUGGUAUGAAAAAUAUGCACCAACCUCAGUUGCUGAUGUGGCUAUUCAUAAGAAGAAGUUGUCCGAUGUGAGAUGUUCACUUGAAGCUAUGUUAUCGGGGCAAUGUGAUCAACGUAUGCUAUUAUUAACUGGUCCUGCGGGAUGUUCAAAGAGCACAGUCGUCAAACUGCUAAGCGAUGAACUGGUGCCUAAAUAUAGGGCUUGUGGCGGUUUAAAAAUUCGUCGAUCUCUCGCAGCUGAUAGUACAUACAUUGAGUAUGAUAACGAUAUAACUGAUGUGUCACCAAUGGAUUCAUUUGGUGAUUUUUUACAACAGGCAAGGUAUAAGAUUGGUAGCAAUCUUUCUGUGAUCUUAGUAGAGGAGUUGCCGAAUGUAUUUCAUGAUGAAACACGUCUACGAUAUAAUAAAUUUAUGAUGCAAUGGUUGCAUGCGGAUAUUCCUCUACCGCCAUUGGUUUUGUGCAUUACCGAAUGUGAGCUUCCAAGCAACUCUAAAACGUUUAGCCUUGAUACUUCAUUUGUUACUGAAACAAUAUUUAGUAAAGAUGUACUCAGUCAUCCACUUUUAACUAGAAUCAAAUUUAACCCCAUAAACGCUACAUUGAUUACUACUCGACUGAAAUAUAUAGCAAAUUGUGAAAAGUCUCAGUUUACUAAAAUGAAAUGGAAGCGAUUGGGAAGCUUUAUCAAAGAAUUGGCCGCUGGACCGGGCGAUAUUCGAUCUGCAAUAUACAUGCUUCAAUUUUGGUGUUAUAGUACUGGGGAUGGUAAUUUAUUGUCACCAAGAGAAACUUCUCUCAACUAUUUCCAUGCUAUAGGUAAGGUAAUUUAUGGAUCUAAAGAUGAUACCGACGAGCAAACAAUCACGAAAUUGAUGGACACGGAGAACUUAAUAAGUGAUACCUUUAGGUUGGGCAUCUUAGAAAAUUAUUCAAAAUUCAAUAAUGAGAAUUUGCCCUUGACAGCAGCUGUGGAAAUUGUAGAUGCAUUAAGCGAGGGCGACAUAAUUCAGGAUGCAAGUUCAAUACUGAAUCAAUACACGGAAUAUAUGAUACGAAGGGUGCGAUAUACAUUUAGUAAUUUACAUGAGGAACAUAGUCAUCAUGGGAAAGCUGCGUUCCCGCGGGAGUGGAAAGUCAGAGACCUGCAAAAUCAAUUUCAUAACGAAUCUGAAGCCUUUUCGAUGAUUGAAUUCUAUAAAUACGGCAUAUAUCCAGGGUUUAAAGACGUUGCAAUGUACCUUGGUUAUUACGCACCAUUAAUACGCGACGCCAAAAACUUUUCAAAAAAGAGUCUAGAGUAUAUUAUUAACAAUUUACAAGAUAAAGUUGAAAUAAAUGCAAUCAAGCAAAAAUAUAAAUGCACCAUAGAGGUUGAUGAGGCUACAGAUUAUCUUCAAAGGAUUGGGGGUCCAAUUGGAUCCGUUGGAGCCGACAGCGACAUGCUUACAAGAAAGUUCCAGAGUACAAAUAAAUUAUACCUUGAACUCCGUCGUAAGCAGGCUCUAGCUUCCCUAAAAAUAGAACACCAGAUAGAUAUAGCCCUAUUAGGACAAGAAAAUGAUUCGGCGGAUGGUGAAGAUCUGAAGGACGACCCCAUCGAGGACUCCAGUCCCGAAGAAUAUACCUUAGAUGACGAUUCGCUGUACGAGAUACUAUCCCAGCGACCGUUAAAAGGACCUCCCCGGUCAAAUGCAACAACUAAUAAACUGCAAAUCACUCAUGAUGAAUCACUAUCGGACUCUGAUAUAGAGAAUCUAUAA